CUUUGUACGGCCUAAAAACACGGCAGUAAAUUAACAUCGUGCACUGUUGCGCAGUGCAGAUAACGCUGACGCAGUGUGCGCGCAUAACUGCUGCAAAAAAUUGCAAGCCACGCCGUGCAAGGCUGCCAAAACACACGCUGACACAUUGCUGCACUGCUGGCUUAUCUCAUAAGCUAGGCACUGUUGCUCGGUCUCGACGGCCCCAAGAUCGAUUGAAUACGGGCAAAACACCUGGACCUGGGACCAUCAGCAACAAUGCUGCUGCGAGUCGCAAGACCAAUAGGCAGGCGAGCCCUCUCCACAAAACGGGUCGUCCUCCAGCGCCCCGCGGAAGCCGGCGCCGCCUACGAGCGCUUCGAACACAACGACACCACUUGGUCCGCCACGAAGCACAACGAGAGCCGGCCCUGGAGGAGACCCUUGGCGCCCUUCCUGCCGGCGGGCUACCCCCAGUCCGUGAAAGAUGGCUACGGCACUUAUGCGUUGUUGCAGUUCGCGGGCUUCGCCUGUUCGUCUGCGGGCGGCGUCCUGUCGACGCGAGUACUGUUGACCGCGGUCGGCGUGGGCGACGCGUCCGCCGCACCUUUAGCCGCGGCGGCGAACUGGGCCGUGAAGGACGGGCUGGGCAUGCUCGGCGGCGUGGCCUUUGCUUCCAUCUGGAGCGGCGCUUUGGAUGCGAGACCGCGGCGGUGGCGCUUGCGGUCCUCAGUCGCUUUGGAUGCGGCUGCUUUAGUGGAGCUUGCGGCAUUACCAGCAUUCCCCCAGUACUUCGUGCCCAUUGCGGGGCUGGCCAAUGUCGCGAAGAACAUCUCAUACCUGGCCGCGUCGGCCUCCCGAGCCGCGAUCCAUCGCGCGUUAUCAAACAGGCAGGGCGCGGCCAACCUGGGCGACCUCACAGCCAAGUCCGGCUCCCAGACCAUCGUGGCUUCGUUGGUCGGCUUGGGACUGGGCGUCGGCGUGUCCAACGCGUGUGGUGGGGAUGUGACGACCGUGUGGCCGGCCUGGGCGGCUUUGUCCGCCACGCAUUUAACCUGUACGUGGCUGUCGCUACGCUACGUGGCCGACGUCGAGCUCGACCCUCCCAGAUUAGCCGCUUUGGUCGAUGCUUUCCUGGAAACGGGCACCUGCCCGACGCCGGCGGAGACGUCGUCCGCCGAGUCGCUGCUCGUCGGCGGCGGCGACCCUUCCUGGUUAUCCGUGGGCGACCGCGUCGAUGCUUUCCCGUCAGAUGCGUUUGCGGGCGAAGUGCCCUACGUCCUCCACGCGGAGCGGGACGUCGCGCGUGUGCUGCUCUACGACGACGCGGCGCCGCGCGACGCGCUCGAGGCCGCGGUCCACGCGCGCGCGCGGCUCGGGGCUACCGUGGACGAGGGCGCCGCCGAGGCCUUCGCGGCGGCCGUCGCGGACGCGGGCUGGCGCGUGGACGAGCUGCCCGUCGCGUUCGACCGGGGACGACUGCUGCGCGAGGCGCCGGAGGUGAAGGAGGAGUAA